GCUCUUCAGACUGUGGCUCAGGCUUCUGUGCGGCCGAUCCUGAGGUUCUGUGGGUGUUUUUAAGGGUCUCUUAUUUGGAGGUGGAAGCGCUAUUUUGCAAGGUCAUCUGAAGAACAGGAAAAGCACCCGAAAUCUACUGAAAAGAUAACUGUAGCGGUUGUCUGGGUGUAAGGAAACUAUAUUGGCACAGAGGCAGUUGACUGGAUAAAGUAGUUGGCUCAGAGAAGAUUUUGCAAAGCCUGCUGUUUUCUCCUUGAAUGAAGACUGUUUAAUGGAAGCUCUAUUCGUGUGGAGGUCAGAGGAAACAUUGGAAUGAUAAACUACUGGGGUGUUUUCCUUCUUUUUUCCAAGUGAAAAGCCUGAAGCAGUAACUUGAGCUCAAAUUGAGCCUUUUAAUUCCUUCUCAGCCUAUUCUACUGGGACUCUCCCCUCACCAUUUCUGCCUGGUGUCUGUGCCCUUUUGCUGGAGCAGCUGCAGACUACUGCCUGCUGGAGAAAGAAUGAACGGGCUGCCUCGCUUGUGCUCUCCAUGGGAAUAAAGCUAUCUGUGUUCCUAUUACAUGGGAGAUCUGGAUUCGUCAAGCUGUAUUCUAGUACCAAGAGUCCCGUUGUCUCUUCUGGUCUGAUUCAUCGCAUGUAAAUGUACUGCAGCUUUGCUAUUAAUGCAGAGUGUUUUUUGUUGUUUUUUUUUUUUUUUCCUUAAACACAGAAUUGUCAACCUCUGAGCUUCAUUUUAAGAAUUUGUGCUGAGCUUUAGAUUUUUUUUUUCUUUUUUCUGGAUAGUAUCUACAACAAAGCAGAAGAAAUGAAGGCAAAUUACAAGUGGAAACAGAAUAGUGAGGUUUUUAUUUCUUAUUUUCAGUUAUAAGCAAGCCAGCCAGCUAUUGGUAACUCUGUGACCUUGCAGGCAAGAGUGUACAGUAUAGCUGUAGUCAGUCAUCUCUGUCACAGGAGUUGUUUCUCAUUCCAUUGUGCGCCGUGUAGUGUUGUAAUUCAAAACAACGAUCUUUUUAUGCAAGUAAAUUUCUGUGAAACAGAGCAAUAUGACUAUUUUGGAAGGGGGAGAUAUUUUUAAAUGAGCUUAUACUGGACUCAGUUUUGCUUACUGCUAUGCUGAUGGGAAAUUUCUUUUUUUAAGUGUUGUGGUAGCCCAACAGAAUAUAGUAGAAUUUUGUUGUUUUUAGGAAAUUGAAGUUAUGUGGUCAUAAUUUUAAAUUUAAGUUUUUAUGAUAGUACUUAUUUGAAAAAAAAAGCACAGCUGUGCUGCUCAGAUGAUGAUUCUAAGUGUUGUACAGAAGAGGAGGAAAAACUGCUUGUGCUCUUCCAACUCUGAGUUUUAGCACAUAGCUCGAGCUCUAGUAUUUUAAAAGUGCGAAUGAGUCGAGUGUGUAUUGUUGUGUUGGAGGAGAUAGAAGAUGAACCUCCUGAAUUCGUUUCUAAAUUGCCACAGGAAAGUAAAGCCCUACAUUCUCCACCUCUGGGAACUGUGUUGCCAUCACUGGUGCAAGCUAUAUUUAAUGGAGAUCCUGAUGAAGUUCGAGCACUAAUAUUUAAGAAAGAAGAUGUUAACUUUCAGGACAGUGAAAAGAGAACACCCCUGCACGCUGCUGCUUAUCUUGGAGAUGCAGAAAUCAUUGAGCUUCUUAUUCUCUCUGGAGCUAGAGUCAAUGCCAAAGACAGCAAAUGGUUGACACCUUUACACAGAGCAGCUGCAUCUUGUAGUGAGGAAGCAGUACAGGUACUUUUGAAACAUUCUGCAGAUGUUAAUGCACGAGACAAGAAUUGGCAAACUCCUUUACACAUCGCUGCUGCUAAUAAGGCCGUAAAGUGUGCUGAAGCUUUGGUACCUCUUUUGAGUAAUGUCAACGUGUCUGAUCGAGCAGGGAGGACAGCAUUACAUCAUGCAGCUUUCAGUGGACAUGGCGAGAUGGUUAAGCUCCUCUUAUCUAGAGGUGCCAACAUUAAUGCUUUUGACAAGAAAGAUAGGCGUGCUAUCCAUUGGGCUGCAUAUAUGGGUCACAUAGAAGUAGUGAAAUUACUUGUGGCAAAUGGAGCUGAAGUAAUAUGCAAAGAUAAGAAGUCAUAUACGCCUCUUCAUGCAGCAGCCUCUAGUGGGAUGAUCAAUGUAGUCAAAUACCUUCUAGAUCUUGGAGUUGAUAUGAAUGAACCAAAUGCCUACGGGAAUACACCUCUUCAUGUAGCCUGCUAUAAUGGACAAGAUGUUGUAGUGAGUGAACUUAUAGACUGUGGUGCUAAUGUAAAUCAAAAGAAUGAAAAGGGAUUUACUCCUUUGCACUUUGCUGCUGCGUCAACACACGGAGCAUUGUGUUUAGAGCUUCUAGUCGGCCGUGAGGCUGAUGUCAAUAUGAAGAGCAAAGAUGGAAAAACCCCCCUGCACAUGACAGCCCUCCACGGUAGAUUCUCCAGAUCACAAACCAUCAUCCAGAGCGGAGCUGUAAUAGACUGUGAGGACAAGAAUGGAAAUACCCCUUUGCACAUAGCGGCACGGUACGGCCAUGAACUGCUGAUCAACACUCUUAUUACAAGUGGUGCUGACACUGCAAAGCGUGGCAUACAUGGAAUGUUCCCUCUCCAUUUGGCAGCCUUAAGUGGCUUUUCAGAUUGCUGCAGGAAACUUCUUUCUUCUGGAUUUGAUAUAGAUACCCCGGAUGAUUUUGGCAGGACCUGCCUACAUGCAGCUGCAGCUGGAGGGAACUUGGAGUGCUUAAACCUGCUGCUGAAUACUGGUGCAGACUUCAGCAAAAAGGACAAGUUUGGGAGGUCUCCAUUGCACUAUGCUGCUGCCAACUGCAAUUACCAGUGCCUGUUCGCUCUUGUGGGCUCGGGAGCCAGUGUGAAUGACCUUGAUGAAAGAGGCUGCACACCCCUGCACUAUGCAGCUACUGCAGACACAGACGGCAAGUGCUUGGAAUACUUAUUAAGAAAUGAUGCAAAUCCAGGGAUCCGGGACAAGCAAGGCUACAAUGCAGUUCAUUAUUCAGCCGCUUAUGGCCACCGCCUAUGUCUUCAGCUGAUUGCAAGUGAAACUCCUUUAGAUGUUUUAAUGGAAACCUCAGGAACAGAUAUGCUAAAUGAUUCGGACAAUAGAGCAACAAUAAGCCCUUUACACUUGGCUGCCUAUCAUGGUCACCAUCAAGCACUGGAAGUGUUGGUACAGUCUUUAUUGGAUCUCGAUGUCAGAAGUAGUAGUGGCAGAACACCCUUAGACCUUGCCGCAUUUAAGGGUCAUGUUGAAUGUGUGGAUGUACUCAUUAAUCAGGGAGCCUCAAUCUUAGUAAAAGAUUACAUCUUGAAGAGAACGCCUAUUCAUGCCGCAGCAACAAAUGGUCAUUCAGAAUGCUUACGGCUACUAGUAGGAAAUGCAGAGCCACAGAAUGCAGUAGAUAUUCAAGACGGAAAUGGACAGACUCCCCUGAUGCUGUCUGUUCUCAAUGGGCACACAGACUGUGUUUACUCACUGCUCAACAAAGGAGCAAAUGUAGACGCCAAAGAUAAGUGGGGGAGGACAGCGCUGCAUCGAGGGGCAGUGACAGGCCAUGAGGAGUGUGUAGAUGCAUUACUUCAGCAUGGUGCUAAGUGCUUAUUUCGGGACAGCAGGGGCAGAACACCUAUACACUUGUCGGCUGCAUGUGGGCACAUCGGUGUUCUCGGAGCCCUUCUGCAGUCAGCAGCGUCAGUGGACGCAAAUCCAGCCCUAACAGACAAUCACGGAUAUACAGCACUUCACUGGGCAUGCUACAAUGGUCAUGAGACAUGUGUAGAACUUCUUUUAGAACAGGAAGUUUUCCAAAAAAUCGAAGGAAAUGCUUUCAGCCCGUUGCAUUGUGCUGUGAUAAACGACAACGAAGGUGCUGCGGAGAUGCUGAUCGACACGCUGGGUGCCGGCAUCGUGAGUGCUGCUGACUCAAAGGGAAGAACCCCCCUUCAUGCAGCUGCCUUUACAGACCACGUAGAGUGUUUACAGCUGUUGCUUAGCCAUAAUGCGCAAGUAAAUUCUGUGGACUCUUCUGGAAAAACACCCCUGAUGAUGGCUGCAGAAAAUGGGCAAACAAAUACAGUCGAGAUGCUGGUUAGCAGUGCUAGUGCAGAUCUGACAUUACAAGAUAACAGUAAAAACACUGCCCUUCAUUUGGCUUGCAGCAAGGGUCAUGAAACUAGUGCCUUGUUAAUACUGGAAAAGAUAUCAGAUAGAAACCUCAUCAAUGCAACCAACUCAGCCUUGCAAACACCUCUGCAUGUCGCUGCCCGAAACGGCCUGACACUCGUGGUUCAGGAACUUCUGGGGAAAGGAGCGAGUGUGCUUGCAGUAGAUGAAAAUGGCUAUACCCCAGCUUUGGCCUGUGCUCCCAACAAGGAUGUGGCUGACUGCCUAGCUCUCAUCUUGGCCACCAUGAUGCCUGUCUCAUCCACUAGCUGUUUAUCAUCUCUGACAUUCAGUGCCAUUCACCGCUAUACCAACACCUCAAAAACCGUCAGCUUUGAAGCCUUGCCCGUCAUGAGGAAUGAACCAAGCUCCUACUGCAGUUUUAACAACAUUGGUGGGGAGCAGUACUUGCACCCUGACGCAGAUGAGCUCAAUGACUCUGAUUCUGAGACCUACUGAGAGGCUGAGCCAGAGUUCUAAGAAUCUGUUCUGACACGAAUGCAUCAGACUGUGCUUUUUCAGGCAAAAGGCACGUUCAUGUUCACGUCCAAAUCCAACCUAAGAGGAAAGAUCAAAGAAUGAGCGAGUAACAGAAAAGGGAUGACAUUAAGAAGAGUUUUAAAGGCAAGUUUUGCAAAAGGAACUUCUAGAAUCUUGACAUAGACUUGACAGAGGAAAACCCUUGAUGUCACAUUGCUUUGUGGAAUUGUUUUAAUUUGAAUUCACAGUGCCAGGAGUAAUUUGGGACACUGUGCACCCUACUUUGCUUACAUAAGCAGCACUAUUGUAAAAGGAGCAAUUAGGACAGUAGGUUGAAAUUUGAUCACUAAGACUACAACUCAAUUUAAGGGCAAUAAAAGUUUGGUACAGUAGGCAUUAUGUGCACAGAAAAUUGCCAAAGGACCAAAUAACUUAAAGGUUUCCUUUUUACUAGAAUGCCGUUUUUCGGAAACUGGAGUAGCUGAAACGAAACGAUCUAAACCUAACUUGAAUAUUUUAAAAUGAAGCUGAGAUUUGGGUUAAAAUGAUUUUUUAAGGAAACAUCUGAAAGCCUUCCAAUACUGUAUUAAACCAUGAGAGAAAGCAGAUGUAUUUUUACAUUUUUUCUUUUACAUAAAAAUCCCAACUUUUAUAAUACUAGAAAUGAAAGUCAGCUGACUGAGUACAGUCGGGAUGAAAAUACUUGGGGUAGACUGGGGCCAGACUGUUGUUGCUCAGUUUUGAAUGGUUUGGGUUUAAAAUGGGAUUAUUUUUGUUUGGGAAUGUAAAGAAUUUCCUAAGAAAAGAAAAUUCAUGAAACGAAAAAAUAAAUUAUUUUCACCCAAUUGCAGCUAAACUAUCUGGAGAACAGUGUUUUCCACCUCACUACUUUGGGCGGUAUUCCUGUUACUGUGGUUCCUGUGGUUACUAUGGCUCCCCCACAAUUGAUUGGGUCUGGGUGGGUCUUUUAGUUUUUAGUUUAUUUUUGUUGUUUUUUAAGGGAAGAAUCAAAAAGGAAAAAACAUACCAUGUUUUGUUAUUCUUAAUGACAUCAUCGCGUCUCUUAGGCAUCUUGAUAUUGGGCAGGAUUUAAAAUACUCGAGGCCUUUAAGUUCAAAACAUGUUACUGUUUGGGGAAGUAAUUGCCUGCAGAGUGGGGAGGCUAACUUUCAGAUAACAGAGAGAAAGUGAGAGACAGAAAAGUCUAAAUUGGGGGCUUUUAAUUAACAAUUUACUGUAACUGUCACUUUUCCCGGUGAGAAUGAUUUCACAUAUGUAGGGAGUCUUACAGAUCUGGGUAAAGUUCCAUAAAUUUUUCACAAAAUAAUGCCCAAUUUUAUUUUAUCCUUUUUGUAUUGUGAAACUGAAAACAUUGUAAAUUAUCAGCUGGUUUUUCUGAAUAUAAAGUGUGGAAACACAGAACAGUAUUUUGAUCUAUUUGCUAAUUUUGUGGGGCUUUUGAAGAAUUAAUGAGCAUGUACAUAGAAAUAGUGACUGCUUGAAUACUGUAUUUACUUGCACUCUUUCAGUACAUCAAAAUUCCUGUAUAUUUUAGAGUAUAAUAAAACACAAAUGUGAGUUGUAUUUAAAUGAAUAAUGUAUUUGUAUCUGUGCAUAGUACCUAAAAAUCUAUAAAGUUUCUAGGGCAUUGACUACUAGAUUUUAAGCAUUUUUUUUUCUAAACUAUUUACAAAAAUUAUAAAUGUAACCCUCCAUCUUUUCUUUAUAAUAUAAAGAAGUCAUAAAGGAUCCUUCCUAAUUAUGAGUGAUAGGAAGGUGAAUAUUCAUUUAAAGACAGCGGACUACAUUUUCUAUUGUACCUUUAAAAAAAAAAAAAAAAAAACUCAAGAGGAUUCUAAAAGUAUGCAUAUGUGUGCUUUCUCUUUCCUUUUAGGAAUUCUCUUCUGAAUUCCCUGAGGGAAUUUUCUAGAAUCUCAGAAUUGAAAGAGACCUGAGGUUCAUCCAGUCUAACCUCUUAACAAAUGCAGGAGUCCCUUCUCCAAGGGUGACCUUCCCACCUUGAACACUUCAGUGACUCUACCUCACCACGCAGUCCAUUCAGUUGUUGAGCAGCUCUAACUGUUAGAAAGAAAGGUCUUCCUUAGAUGGAGCUGAAGCCUCCCUCUCGGUAACUUCUGUCCCUGGGCCGGGUCUGUCCUCCAGAAGAACGCCGAGACCAUCGGAAGGAUGGAGCGUGCACCCUCUGAAGGGUCUUCUCUUUACAGGCCGCGCAACUCUUAGGCUGAGGUGAUCUCUUCCAGAAGGACUCGUCAGACACACUGUCCAGUUGGCCGCAUCUAAUGAAAAUCCAAGGUGUAGCUAUAAAGUAACAAGCUGUCUGUAACGUAUCCUCACACGUGCCAGAACUUGAGGUUUUGCCUCAGUUUAUGUGACGGCUGCUGUCACUGAAAUGAUCUCUGAGGUGGCGCUUUGGAUGGCUUGCCCAGCAGGAAAGCUAUUUCAUUGCUUUGUGAUCAUAUUCUGUGAAAAAAAAAAAAAAUGUGUUUAUCCUCCAGCUUGGCCAGCCACGUCUUUCCAUCUGCACCUGAAGAGGAUCCCCACGAGUCCUGGCCCAGGGUACUGUCCGCGUAGCCUUGAACAGCACUAAUAUUGUUACACGCCGCCACAGUGAGCUUUACAGUUACACCUUGUAUGUCAAAAGCCUUCGGGCCCUGCUCUGUCGUGUCACUUUCUGCAUCCCCAUACAGAACAGAAAAACCUGUUUGCUUUUUAACUUCUGCAUGAAAGAUGACAUCUGAACUAUCCGAUGUGUAUUAUAAUAAUACCAGCUUCUGCUCUAGAACUACGGUGGGAGAAACGGUGGGAAUAGCAAAUGACCUCCUUUAACAAAACAAGACACUCGACUCAAACAGUGCCAUUUAGUUCAGGAGAUCUCUAAGUCUAGCCGUCAAUUUGGGGUUUAAUUUGGCUGAUAUUGGACCUUUUAAAUGAAAUAAAGUUUUAUAAUGCAAUAAA